AAUUUUGGUAGAUUAGUCAUUCUGCACUAAUUUAUUGUAAGGAUUUAAGAUAAAUAACCAUCUUCACAGUGAAAAUUUUAACUAAGGAAAUGAAUCGGUUAUUUGGAAAAGGAAAACCAAAGGAGCCUGGUCCUAGUAUCACUGAUUGUAUUGCAGGGGUGGAUUCAAGAGCAGAAAAUGUAGAAAAGAAAAUUGCUGCUUUGGAAAAUGAUCUUAGAAGAUUUAGGGAUCAGAUGUCAAAAAUGCGCGAGGGUCCUGCUAAGAAUGCUGUAAAAGCAAAAGCCUUACGUAUUCUUAAACAGAAAAAGUUAUAUGAGAAUCAGCUGGAUAAUUUGAGGGGUCAAUCAUUUAACAUGGAACAAGCCAACUUUGCUCAUCAAACUUUAAAAGAUACUCAGGCCACAGUUGUGGCAAUGAGAGAUGGAAUGAAAGCUAUGAAAAAAGAAUUUAAGAAGAUUAAUAUUGAAGAUAUUGAUGAUGUUCAAGAUGAAUUAGCUGAUAUGUUAGAACAAGCCGACGAGGUUCAGGAAGCUCUUGGAAGGACAUACAACACUCCUGAAAUAGAUGAUGAUGAAUUAGCAGCUGAAUUAGAUGCAUUGGGUGAUGAAAUUGCAUUGGAUGAUGAUCAGAGCUAUCUUGAUGAUGUUUUGAAGGCACCAGAGGCACCAAGUACUAAACCAGAAUCAAAUAAAGAUAGGACUAAUAAGGAUGGUGUACAAGUUGAUGAAUUUGGGUUACCACAGUUGCCUAGUAAUCAUUGAUAAAAAAGAGAGAAGAGCUUACUUUUGUUGUUUUUUUUUAAUGCCUUUAUAAUAAGAAAAAGUUUCAUAAAUAUUUUAUAUUUUAAAACAAUGGCUUGUAAUUUGUAUUCUUUAUAAGUGAUAAACUAUAGUAAUACAUAGUUUUUGUUAGUUUUUAAAAAAUGCCCUUGGAUAGGUUUAAAAAUGUUUAUAGGUAUAUAAGUUUCUACUAGGUAGUUAAUUAUUAAAAUAUUUUUAUUUGUUAUAUUGAUUUUUCAUUAGGUUUAAAAGUGUUAAGAGUAUAAUAUAAUAAAACGACUUUAUAUCAACAAUGAUAUCCUAAAAUAGGGAUUUUUUAA